UAGAAUAUGUUGUUGUAAGAGAGCGUGUACAGAGCGUGUACAUUCGGCUGUGUGUGCGUGCGCCUGAACGUGAACAAGUUGACUAAAUGUAGCCUACAUAGCUCGCGCGCUAUUCCUACUAUUAUUUUUUUCAAAGCCGAGGAGGAGAAAGUCUAAACUAUCAUGAUUUAUUAAUUUGGGAUCUGGUAAACAAGCUACCAGGACUGGCUACGUCGCUAGCAAGCUAAAUGAACACACAAUAACGAAGUCGGUUUUAGUUUAAAUUGGUCUUAAUAAAGCCUGUCACAUAACGGAUUUCGAUCGCUAUCAUGUCAAGAUAUUUACCUGCACAAAGUAUGUCUUCAGCCUGAUAUUGGGGGCUGAAAGUUGAGUUUGUCAUCUUUGUGUGUGUGUGUGUGUGUGUGUGUGUGUGUGUGUGUGUGUGUGUGUGUGUGUGUGUGACUGACUGUUUGCUUUAGAAAGUAUGUGCCUUUUAAUGUGCAAACUGCUGUACAUUUCAAAGUAGUUGUCGCAUGGCUUCACACCAGCAACAAAAAUAGUUUGGUGACGAUUGAUCAGCCAUAUCCGUAAAAGUUCAGGAUGUUGAAGACUUUAACCAAGAAGCUAAGAAGACAUUCGCUCAAUGAGAUACACCCCUUUCAAUUUAAGAUUUCCUACCAUGGCAGUGGGGAGGGAGCGGAGAGUGACGAUUCCGAGGGGGAGAACCAGGAGCUUGCACAGAUUGACAGAGAGAGGCGGCGGAACUGCAGCCUCACCCCUCUGGCCACCAGCCAGCAGCACAAUCAGGGUCCCCUAUCUCCGGCACGCCUCCGUCACCUACGCCUCCUUCUAGACCCGACUCUGGACCGCCACUCGUCCGAAGAAGAGCUGGAGCGAAUCAGCCACGGUGUUGGAGACGGCAGGAAGUGGAUGCUGAAACAUCGCCACGGCGACCACCACAGCAGUGCCUCCAGCGACGAGGAGGUGCGGGACCUGUGUGGCUGCGUCCCGGUGGCAGCAUCCUUGGAGCCUGGGACUUGCCUGGCGGCUUCCACCAGCCCGGUGCACUUUAGCUCUAGCCCGCCUCGCAGCCUCAAGCCACCGCCUCCAAUUUGGCUCCAGUUCCAGGUGGUGCAGCCUGCUGCCAGGCCCAUCAUCUUGACCCACUUCGACCAGUCGGCGGCUCCCUAUAGGAAACACAGGCACAGCUACGGGGGAGAGCCGGGGAGGCCGAGUCUGGACCUGGAGAAAAUGCAACAGAAAAUGCUCCUGAAAAAGAACAGUGGUGGGAAAACACGGACCAUAAAGAUUCGGAACAUGACUGGGACUCGCCCUCUGCCCAGGUACGCCUAUGAUCCCUCAAUUUUUGCCUUCCGGUCCCUCAGCAGGGUCCCUCCUUGCAAUCCCUUGACUCCGUCCGAAGACCCCACGUGUGUGUGAGGGGAUAACACCAACACAACCCCCCCUUCCUCACUUACUGACUCUAUCGGAGACUCCCAGACUUCAAACUCUGAAGACGAGACUGAGCUAAAUAAUGAGUAAUACCAUUAUGGUACGACCGCUAGGACAACUUGACAAAGCCAAUGUUUGAAGGUCAAUAUAGUACUCUCAGGUAAUCCCGCUCUGUCAAGUCAUGCUGUUGCUCGGACAACAGGUUCACUGGACAGAACCAUCUAAGACACUAAGAAUGGAGAGAUCUUAACCCUGAUAUUGGAUGAUGAUGUGAGACGGGGGCAGACGGUAUGUGUGAACAACAAGGCUGCAAUAGAAAUCACUUUGAAAAUACACCGCUUCACUCAAGCUCUCCGUUCCAAGGACACUUCAGGUAUUUCAUACAUUAACAGCUGUCUUUUGGACACAUUUUCAAUGGAUGGUUGUUCUAAAAAUGGAUUAUAAAAAAUAUUUUCAAAGGACAACACAAGCAUUCAAAGACUACUCCAAUGCGUUUGAUACAAGGUUUGUCGUAUGUUGACGACAAUCAAAAGGUCAAUCAAACGCUCAAUCAAACGCAAGACAGGUUUGUUGUCUAGACAAGUGUUUCCCAAACUCGGUCCAUGGGACCCCCACGUUUUAGUUUUUGCCCUAGCACUACACAGCUGAUUCAAAUAAUCAAAGCUUGAUGAUGAGUUGGUAAUUUGAAUCAGCUGUGUAGUGUUAGGGCAAAAGCCAAAACAUGGACCCCGGGGAAUACCCUGGUCUAGACGGGACAACAGCUCAUUAGGAUAACUCAUUAACCGAGGCUUUCUUGACACAUUUCAAGAUGUACACUGCACGAUAUAAGUAAAGAGUCUAUAUUUAUUUGUAUGUAUCAACCAGUUAGAGGGAAACUGUCCUGACAAUCUGUCAUAAUACACAUUAAUAGGCUGUGGUGACAGAGGGCACCCCUGGCACGUGCAGUUAUUUGAAAGUAAAGUAGAUCUCGUCUGUCUGCAUUACUCUUUUUUGGAUGUGUUAUUUGAAUUGUUCAGGGCCCGGUUUCCCGAUAGCGAUGGAACUUAGGCUUACAAGUGUUUUAACGAUGCAUCUUUCCUACAACGACCGAAGAUAGAACAUGUGUUUCCCAAAACACCAUGCAGAGAAUGGUCGCUAAGUGCGUCAUUGGAGAAUGUGUCGAUACCCAUAGGGUCGAAAGAAAGGUAGUGCUGCUCUCAGAUCAGCUUUCUCCAUUCAAAUAUUUCCUUAACAUUAUAAUUAUUUCACAAUACUGACGACGGAUCAGCUCCUUGAGAGAUAUUACAACCUACGGCUGCAAAUGUUGAGCUGCUUAUUCGAACGCUUUUAAUAGUUACCCAAUAGAAAUGCACAAAAUCACCGAUUUGGCACAUCAUUGCGCACGUUACACAUCAUUAAAUAUAUUGAGACAAAUUACAGACAGUAGCCUACAUGUAGCAAAAUAGAACUCGAUUGAACAUUGAAAACACAGCCUACUGUUUAUAUUUUAAUGCAGUCAUCUUGGUUUUCACUUUGAAGCAUAUUUUUAUACGUCGCUCGUUUGUAUCAAUUGCAAAGACAUUACCAACUUCGCCUUUGUAGUCAACUUUGUUCUGAAGUUAUCGGCAGUCAGAGACAGAUCAAUCAACCAUUUGAUUCUAUGUUUAGCGGAGAUCUUCUGUGUAUUAAGUGACGCUAGAGAGCAAAAAAGCAUCUAACGAUGCACUUAGCUAUUCUACGAGUGAUCUGAGGCAGGCGUUAGAUUACGAGCGUUUAAUUGUAAUAACGAUGGUUUUGGGAAACAGCUCGGAUAUUUAACGAUGCUCCUACGAAGGUUUUAACGAUGAACUUAGCUUAAAGAUGCUUUUGGGAAACCGGGCCCAGGUCAUGAGAUACUACAACAUGUAUGACUGUAGAUCAAGAGGUAACUUUUAACAAUGUAACCAUCAACCUGUCGACGAGUUUGUGAAUUUCACCUUAAGAGGAAAACAGGAUAACAUCAAAUACUUUUGUCCUCUUUUCCUGUAUGCAUUUCACUGUGCUGUGGUGCAGAAAAUAAAGGUAUGUGAGCAUGGAAGAAAGGAAGUAUAAGAAAUCUACUAGAAUAUGACAUGAUUUACUGCUGUUAUUUUGGUGCUGUGUCAUGAGUUUGUGUAGUACGCUACGUGACGCAUUUCUAACCCUGUACCUCCUUUUCUUCUGUGGCACAUCGCCCCAGGUAUGAGACAACCAACAGUCAUCCCAAACGUCUAAUCUUUAUGCCUAUGAAUGACAUUCCUGAUGUAUUGAAUGUAAAACUGAGGCUAGUCUUGACUGUAGGGUCAAUAUGCUAAGGUAAUCAGAGGACAGUUAUGAAAAAACGUUUUUUCUCAAGUGACAAGACAACCUAUUUAUGCAUAUGAAUGUAUCCCUUGAUGGACAUGUUGCGAUCAACACAAUGUUGUCACCGUAACCAAGCUCCGCUAGAGUGAAUGUAGUGCAGCACUCUGACAUUUGUGUCCCUCGCAUAAUUUAUGAUUAAAUAAACGCCCUGCGGCCUCGAUUCUUA